GCUUGCUGCCAAGAUGCCGCACUAGCCGCACUGGCGUCUGAUGCUGCUGAGAGGUGGCUAUAUGGCUGCCUACAUGGCUUGGUUGCCCUGCUGCUUGGUCUCCUGUCCUUCUCGGCCUUGACACAGGCCCAGAGCCUCCCCUCCAAGCUCGGCUUUGCCGUCUCUGCGGCCUCGGUGGUGCAGGUGGCGCUGUUACCUGAUGCUCUGGUGGACUUUGUGAAGCAUGGCGCACGCUUGACGCAUGGUUUGGCCGCUUUGCGUCGGAUGGCACAAACCUGCAAGGAGACUGUGCCUGAAGAGCUCGAAAGUCCGCUGGCCACCACAGAAGUGGACCUGGUCGAGGAGACCCAAGGCAAGCGGACAGCGAUCCGCAGUGGCAAGGUGGCCUUGGGGGAUGUGAUGGUCGAAAGCGGCUUUGGCGAACUGUCAGAGCCCAAACCCAGAAAGGCGCAGUCCUUCUCCCUGGCAGGCUUCCCCAUCGAAAAGGUUCCAGCUGACUGGCCAUACUUUGGCGCCAUUGACUUCGAGAAGGUGACGGUGAGGUAUGGCCCUGGCCUGUCCCCGGCCCUUUCCGGCUGCUCCUUGACGCUGCCAGCGGGAAAGGCGCUCCUAGUCGUCGGCGCCCGGGGUUGCGGCAAGUCGUCGCUGCUGAGGACUUUACUCCGCUCCAAGCAGCUCGAGUCCGGUCGUGUGAUCCUUGAUGCGGUGGACGUCCGGUGCGUGGGGCUGACUACUCUUCGAGGCCGUGUGGCGGUGGUCCCGCAGGAGCUGUGCCUCUUCCACGGCACUUGGAGGGAGAACUUGGAUCCCAUGGGCGAGUUCGAGGAGGACGCUGGACCCCUCUCUUUCCAAUGGUUCAUCCUUCGCAUACUGCCUGGCGUUAUCGCCUGA